AUGGACUUGCCAGAUGAGAGCCAGUGGGAUGAAACCACCUGUGAUAUGGCUGUUUGUCAGCAUCCACAAUGCUGGGCGACCAUCCGCCGGAUUGAGAGGGGCCACCCUCGAAUCUUGGGCUCACCCUGCGAAAUUCCUCUGGAUGUUGAUGACAAACUCCCAGUGGUCACCGUUGUAAACAUCUCCGAUUCCUGCUUGCCGGCCAAGAGACGUCCUCAUCGUCGUUCACCAGGAUUUGCCUUCACCAAGCCUCACUCUUUACUGUCUCGGGGUUCAAAGGUUGACUCCAGAUUUCAAGGCAGGCCUCGAAAGAAGUUACCCGGCAAAGAUUUGAUCAACUGUACUGAUAGAUCUUUCAAAGUAAGUCACAGAUUGAAAAAGCUUCCAGUGCUAAAUUUGAAUGAGACACCACUUCCUUGCCCUCAAGACGUUGGAAAUAUGGUUGUAGUCUGGAUCCCCAAAGAACCAGAGGACCGUGUUGGUCCAGCAGAGAAGCAGAUUGUUCCCAGCCAGGAUAGGAGGAAGAAAAGAAAGACACCUACAGUGAAAGACAAGUCGUCUCUGGUUCUCUCUGGAAAGCAGAACUUAGAAGCACAAUUGCAAGCUCAAGGGAUAAUUGUGCCUCCCCCAUCCCCAGUACAUUUUUUUGAGCAACUAAAUUCAGAAUUCCCACCUUUCUGGAACCAGUCUGACAUAUUACCUCGGUAUCUACUAAAUGAUCUUUUGUCAGAUGAAGAGAGAACCUCGCCUUGUCUGGAGAUGAAGACGCAGCUGGCCAUGAUGAAAAAGAAACCUCCCCUGGAAACCAGCCGACCUGACAGUGCCAUUUCUGCGAAGAUGUUUUUAUCUGUACACCGCCUCACCCUGCAGAGACCAGCACUGAGAUAUCCUGAACAUAUAAGGAGAUUAUAUUAUAACCUGAAGGAAGAAAAUAGGUUUUCUGGUGCUGCCAGAUCUGCAGGGCACAGCAAGCAGCCCAGGGGGAGGUGGCCCCAGGAGAGGCAGCGACAGAGGGCUUUGAAGACGCCUACUAAGAAACAGGAGGCUAAAGAGAAAUCCAAGAGUGACCCAGGGAGCCACAGCACUUCGCAUAAACAUUUAGGUGCCAUGGUUUGUGACCCAUGUUAUGGUCACAAAACUCUACUGGGUCAGGAAAGUGAUGAGCAGCAGCAGCAGAUGAAGGAAAAUGGUCCCACCUUGCAACAGGAUUCCACGGAGCGACCACAGAGGGACCGUGCCGAGAACUACCUGGACUCCUCCCCCAGCGAGCAGAAUUCGGAGUCAUCCAGUACAGAAUCCACUGACGAGGACAUCAGUACUGAGGUAGGGGCUGUGCCAGAAGAGCAAAAGAGGACCUCAAACGACUUUUCAGCAAGCUCAUCUAGACUGAGUUGGAACCCUGAGCUCAAGCUCCUGAGGAUUCUUCAGUCCACUGAUGAUGAGGAUGAGGAUGAGGAU